AUGGAGACCUCAGAGCACAAGACGCAGGAAUCCAGAUCGAAAUCAGCUUUGUGGGGGGGCACACCGCAGUACGACUAUGUCCGCUUUGAGAGAUGCACCCGUUACGGGAUACCUUUGGAGGCAGGACGCGAGGCCAGGGGGACAGGGGACGACCUGCACUAUCUGGAGAACUCUCUCAGCCACCCACAGCUUUAUGGCCAAUACACAGACCAGAAAACUGACUUCUCUGAGAAAGAAGCAGCAAAACUACUGAAUAAGAAACAAGUGCAGAAGAACAACGGAAGAACCCUGAAACGUGACAGUCAAAUAGAGACCAAAGAAGAGCACUAUUCUAAAUGUCAAGACUGUGCUAGACGCAUCCAGAAGUAUGUUACCAAGAAGUUUGGAGAGGACUGGAUUUUCUUGAUUCUGCUAGGUCUGGUCAUGGCACUGGUGAGCUGGGGAAUGGAUUAUGCCAGCGCGAAGAGCCUACAGGCCUACAAGUGGAUGUACAGAGAGCUGCACCCGAAUGUCGCUAUGCAGUAUUUGGCAUGGGUCACAUACCCCCUUGUUCUCAUUCUGUUUGCGGCCAUUUUCUGCCAUCUCGUCUCCCCACAGGCUGUUGGGUCUGGAAUUCCAGAACUGAAGACAAUUAUGAGGGGAGUAGUACUCAAGGAAUACCUCACUCUCAAAGCUUUUGUGGCCAAAGUUGUGGGCCUUACAGCUGGGCUUGGAAGUGGCAUGCCCGUGGGGAAAGAGGGUCCUUUUGUGCAUAUUGCUAGCAUCUGUGCUGCUGUACUCAGCAAGUUCAUGUCAAUUUUCUGUGGUGUGUAUGAGCAGCCAUAUUAUUACACAGAUGUCCUGACUGUGGGUUGUGCUGUUGGGGUCGGCUGCUGCUUUGGGACACCACUUGGAGGGGUCCUUUUCAGCAUUGAGGUCACUUCCACUUACUUUGCUGUUCGCAAUUAUUGGAGAGGUUUCUUUGCAGCUACCUUUAGUGCCUUCAUUUUUCGAGUCCUUGCUGUCUGGAACAAGGAUGCAAUCACCAUCACAGCCCUGUUCAGAACUAACUUUCGCAUGGAUUUCCCCUUUGAUCUGCAAGAGCUGCCAGCAUUUGCUUUAAUAGGGAUAUGUUCUGGAUUCCUUGGAGCAUUUUUCGUUUAUUUCAAUCGACAAGUGGUCCUAUGCAUCCGGCGUCAUACAGCUCUCAGCCAGUUUCUUACCAAAUACCGCCUCAUAUACCCAGGGGUUAUAACCUUCCUUAUAGCAACAAUGACAUUUCCUCCAGGGUUUGGCCAGUUCAUGGCUGGAGAGUUGAUGCCACGGGAAGCCAUCAGCUCUCUCUUUGAUAACUAUACCUGGGCAAAAUACACGGGGGAUCCCCAGAUCCUAGGGAAAUCUGCUGCCUGGAUCCAUCCCAAAGUCAGCGUCUUCAUCAUCAUCCUCCUUUUCUUUCUCAUGAAGUUCUGGAUGUCCGUCAUUGCCACCACCAUGCCAAUACCCUGUGGAGGUUUCAUGCCUGUUUUUGUUCUGGGUGCUGCAUUUGGCCGUCUUAUUGGGGAAAUCAUGGCAUCAGCUCUGACAGGAGCAGUAAGCCACACUGUUUCCACUGCUGUAAUCUGCUUUGAGCUGACAGGUCAGAUCUCUCACAUCCUCCCCAUGAUGGUGGCUGUCAUUCUUGCCAACAUGGUGGCCCAGAGUCUGCAGCCCAGCCUCUAUGACAGCAUCAUCCAGGUGAAGAAAUUGCCCUACCUGCCAGACCUGGGCUGGAAUCACAUAAGCAAGUAUAAUAUCUUUGUUGAGGAUAUUAUGGUUCAAGAUGUGAAAUUCGUUAGUUCCAACUGUAAAUACCGGGACUUGAAAACUCUACUUCAAAGCACCACUGUAAAGACUUUGCCUUUGGUGGACUCUCCAGAGUCCAUGAUCCUUUUAGGAUCUGUAGAGCGGUCUGAACUGCAGGCUCUCCUUCAGAGACAUAUGAGCCCAGAACGGCGACAGCAUCUCCACAGAGAGAUGCAGCAGAAGCUGGCUGAGGCACCCUAUGAUGGGCACAGCAAGGGACCAUGGUCAGCCCUGCCCAAGCUGAAGCAUGAAUCUUUUGCUUAUGUUGAUGAGGAUGAGGAUGACAAUGAGAAGGCAGAGUUGCCUCAGCCCCCUAGUCCCACUCCCAGUCACCCAGAAGAACCAAAUGGCCCAACAAGUCCUCUUAAACAAGUUCCAGAACCACUGGGGACAGAGCAACCCUCAGGUGCUGGUAUCCCAGAGACUGAAAGAAAAUUGGUCACUGUCAGCUUUCUCUGCUGUUCCUGUAUUAAAGGUAAUUUCUGGAGUUUGAGACAACUGAUCCAGCAACUCUUGUGCUAUUACAACCGUCCACCUGAAAUGGAGAGGGCUGUACAGGAGCUGGCAGAAGUUGCUGAUACAAUGAGUCCAGAAGAGAUAGAUGCUUGGGAACAGGAGGAACUGGAAAAGGAUGUAUGCUUUGACAGCUGCCGAAUAGAUCCUUCCCCUUUCCAACUGGUGGAGAGAACUUCCCUGCAUAAGACACAUACGUUGUUCUCAUUACUGGGCCUCAGUCAUGCCUAUGUAACCAGUAUGGGAAAGCUGAGGGGAGUGUUGGCUUUGGAAGAGCUUCAGAAGGCCAUAGAGGGCUCCACACGCUCUGGUGUUCGCCUUCGCCCACCCCUUGCCAGCUUCCGAGAUACCAAUCGAACUUCAGUCAGCAGUGAGAAGGUCAGCCAGGCCACUCAAGUGUGGAACCGGCAAAACAACUGCAUGGCAGCAUCACAGCAAGCAACAGACUUGAGGGCAGAGAGCCCACUGCCUCUCCAUUCCCAUUCCCCCCAGCCCUCACACUUAUGUGAUGACGGGGAAGGCCUCUGCUCCACCUCUGCCACUGAUACUGACCUGGAAGAGAUGGAAUUGGCAGGGCCAGUUGCUGAAAACAUCUCAGACAUUCUCAAGGAUCUAAGCCUACGCUCCACAGACCUGGAUGAGGAUGAAGAUGAGGAUGAGGAUGUUCCCUUAUAG